UGUCUUCCUGCUGGUGCCUGGCGGUGGCUGUCUGGGUACAGACAUGGCUGCUCUCAGCAAAAUACCGCACAGCUGCUACGAGAUCGGCCAUACGUGGAGCCCGUCGUGCGUGCAGUCUGCCGUGGAUGUAACCAGGGGUGCCCUGGAGGUCUCCUUCAAAAUAUACGCCCCUCUUUAUCUGAUAGCAGCAAUUCUAAGGAGAAGGAAGAAGGACUACUAUCUGAAAAGGCUUCUCCCUGAGAUCCUGUGGUCUACCUCUUUCCUCACUGCCAAUGGGGGUCUCUAUAUCGUUUUCUUCUGCAUUCUCAGGAAACUUCUGGGAGGGUUCAACUCCUGGUCUGCCGGGUUCGGCUCGGCGCUGCCUGCCUCCUACAUCGCCAUCCUCGUGGAGCGCAAGAGCAGGAGAGGGCUGCUGACAAUAUACAUGGCAAAUCUUGCCACUGAGACCUUAUUCCGCAUGGCAGUGACACGAGGCAUGGUCAAACCCAUCAGGCACGGCGAGGUGCUCCUCUUCUGCAUAACUGCAUCGCUCUACAUGUUCUACUUCAGGAGUAAAGAUGGUCUCAAAGGCUUUGCAUUCUCUGCAUUAAAGUUCAUCAUUGGGAAAGAAGAGAUUCCCAAUCACUCUGUUAUGGCAGCAGAACACACCUGCACAAGGCCCCUGGAGAGGACAGCUGCUAUAGAGACUGGAGAGGACUCGCCGGCGUCAGCAGAACGGCCCAGCUCCAGGAGGAAAACUCUGCUAGCCUACACCAGGGAACUGCUAGAAUCCAUAUGCAAAAAGGGUCCAAGGCACAGAUGUUGUAAACAUUACCAGGACAACUGCAUUUCCUACUGCAUUAAAGGUUUUGUCAGGAUGUUCAGUGUUGGCUACCUGAUUCAGUGUUGUCUUAAGGUUCCCUCAACGUUCAGGCAGAUGUUCUCUAAACCCUCACGGCUCCCCUCCCUCUUCUACAACAAAGAGAACUUCCAGCUAGGGGCCUUUCUAGGAUCCUUUGUCAGUAUUUACAAGGGAACAAGCUGCUUGCUGCGCUGGUUGCGAAACAUUGAUGACGAACUCCACGCACUGAUUGCUGGCUUCCUGGCCGGUAUGUCAAUGUUCUUCUACAAAAGUACGACGAUAUCCAUGUAUCUCUUCACAAAGCUGGUGGAGACCAUGUACUUCAAGGGCAUUGAGGCCGGACGGUUCCCCUACUUCCCUCAUGCAGACACAGUGCUAUAUGCCAUCUCCACUGCUAUCUGUUUCCAAGCUGCCGUCAUGGAAGUGCAGAACCUCAGGCCUACAUAUUGGAAGUUCCUGCUGCGUUUGACUAAGGGCAGAUUUGCUCUGAUGAACAGACAGGUUCUAGACGUGUUUGGGACUCAGGCAUCCAGGGACUUUAAAGGCUUUGUGCCCAAACUGGACCCCCGCUUCACCACCAUUCUCACACCAGGAGCCGACAUCCAGCUCGGAUGAUUUGGGGCCGAGCUCUGGGAGGGGUUUUAGGGUUACCUCAACAGGAAAUGAACAGUUCUGACUGUUCUUUCUGAGUAACUUAUGGAUUUUUUUUUUUUUUUUUUAAACGGAUGUUCUAACAGCUCAGAAGCGAUGAUGUUCACGUUAUGUGAUGGGAUAUGCUUUAGAGGAUGUAGAAGGCCUGUCCAAAGCAAGGCGUAGCCAGUGUCGAGCGUGGUGUUGCACAUCAACUGAUGGGGAUUGUAUGGAUACAGGUAACCGGUAAAAUAAAUGGAAUGCAUCAUUUUAAUGACAUAAUUUGCAAAACAUAAAAAGAUUUCACUUUGGAUCCAAAAACAUUCCUUUUAUGCUUUCAGUGUAAUGUUUUGUUAUUUUGCAGGUUACCUGUUUAUACUGACUGAACACAGUUUGGUUUAAUCAGAUGGUUGCUUUUAUGUCAGCCGGUGAAACUAACUGAACUUUUUGGAGUAGACGCAGCGAUAUCUGAGGAGGAAUUUGAGAUUAUCCCCUGAUCAUUUCUGAAUGUGUACUUUUUCGAGACGAUGGAUGCAACUGAUGAUAUUUAUGAUUAUGUAGCCUUAUCAAAUAUUUUAUUCUUUAUUAGAUUAUGGGAUUAUGAGAUGUGUUUAGAUUGUGGUCUGUGAUGUGAAAUACGAUGUAAAACACAGGUGGAAAGUCACCGUUUUUAACCUGUUGCAGGUGUUUGUUUUCUUUUUGUAAGCAUUUCAUUGAUUUCUAAAUGUGAUUUGAGUUUUGUUUUCCAAAUCUGCACUGUUAGACACACUAGAGUGUUUCUCUAAACGACACUUGACAGAAAUUACUACCAUAGAGCUUAAUGGUUUAAAAGAAAGCAUCAAGGACCACGCCGAAUUUGGUCGUUUAUUUUAUGGAAGAUUAGUAAUUAGAAUAUACACAAUUUUGAUGUAAAUGGAGGGAAAACAAAUAAUUUUACAUUUAAGACACAUAAAACUACAAUAAAUACAGCUAGUUAAACAUGUAAUAAAUCCACUGUUUACUUGUAAACUGUACUGAGACUAAUAAUGUCAACAAAUGCAUUCACAGCACAUACAGAUCACUAACCUGAUUACUUUAAAAUGUGGAUUUACAGUUUGCAGAUUGUCACUAAUCACGUGUCUCCCUGUAAUCUAUUUUUCAAAGAGACUGGUAUAUUUGAAGUGUAUUAAACAUAGAAUGUUGAAUAAGAAACACGUAGUCAUAUAUUAUGAAUGAUUCAGCCAGAGGUGGAUGAUGUGGCAGAACAGAUAAAAUGGGUGUCUCUUUCACCUGUGGUUUACAGUCGAAUACACAUGUAGCUUCUAUUUACUGCAUUCAAACAUUUCGAUCAGAGAAUGGGCUUCUAAGUUUUUGUGAAACAGCCUUUAAUGUACAAAAUGCAUUACAUGAACUACAUCACUGAAGAGCACUGAAAAGCCAAGUUUGUUAAGUGAUGCACGGGAUGAAUUGCACAUCCAUGUAAUGCUCUUUAAAGUUCUGCACCAUCAAAAAACAUUUUCUUCACAAAUAAUAGUAAUAAUAAAAAAGGCAUCGCUAAGGCCAACCUGCUCUAUCUUUUUCAAUUUCACUCUCGUGUUUGGAUUAGAAAUGACUUCAAUGUUGAAUAUUUACUAAUACUGCCAAAUGCAGUUUUGAGUUAAAUACAUGGUUGUUUCACAUGAGCUCUGAGAAAUAGUGAUGUGGCUGCUUUGCGUUUUGAUUAAUAGUUUGUGUCAGUUCCAAGGUGAACCCUGUCGCUAAAAAAAUCCACAUUAGAUUGAAACACAGAUUGAAACAUUGUUUACUGAAGAAUUUGUUGUCAUGUUGGUGCACUUGCCCGAAGGCAACAAGGUAUCAGUUUCUGUGAAUAAAAUCCGCACAGCCCAAUCCGCUUUUGUUUUUCAUUUUCCGUUGCUGAGAGAUGAGGAUGUCUGCCAGAAAAGAUGUUUGGACAUCUCUCACCAGGUGAUAGAUAGAGUGGUUCUGCAGUUUGUUAAAUAAAGGGGACAGUGGGCACUUCUGUGGUUCCUGUAAAAUAUCUGUGCUUGGUGCAAAUGACGUCUUUUCCCUUUGGGGCCAUUUGUAACACUUUCAUUCCAGAUUUGAAAUGACUGCAUAAUAUUCCACUGUAAAACUGUAAAAUCUUUUGGUACACAUCUCAAAUUUCUGGCAAUUAUUUACUUGUUGGUUAAUGGCAAAUUUUGCUUUCACUUCUUUAACUCAACCCAGCUUUAGACACACCUGACCUCCGUACAUAAAGCCAUGAUUGUAAAGAAUACAGAGCAAAGUUCCUAUUUAUACUGAAGACUAGAUGUUUAAAAAAAAAAAUAGUGACACAUUAACUAAAUCUACUCAAUUAUAAUACAACUCUGUAAAUGUUUUUGAUUGAUGUAAAAAAAAAAGGUGUAUAUUAAAAUAUUUUGUAAUUCUAA